AUGGCCGACGCCGCAGACCUAUGGGAGAGCGAGCUUGGCGCGUUCGAUAUCGAGGUGGACGACUCGGCUGCUGCGGCGAGGAGGGAGCGGAUCGAGGCGAGUAGGAGGGCUGCCAAAGGGUACACGGCAAAGGUGGAAGAGCCUGGGUGGUUCAACGACCCCGACCAAGUCGCUCGCUCGAAAGGACCCGCCCGACCCGCUCUCUUUGCUCUCCACCAGCAGUACUACCUGCGCCGCUUCGGGGACGUGGUUCACGGAGGACUGGAUUUGCUACGGGAGGGCGUCAAGGAGGAAACGGAGGUGAUGGAUCUGGUGAUGAGGGCUGCUUUGCGGUGUGGGCAGGAGAAGCGGGAGGACGUGCUUGGGCUGGCGAGACAGUGGACUGAGUUCCCCAACCUCCCCUCCCUCUCCCUCGUCUCCGCCCGGAUCCUCCUCUCCAACUCCUCCCUCGCACCUCCCGUCUCUCCUGCCGCACCGACACUCCCAGACGCCGCUCCGCCCUCAGUACAACCAAACGAAGUCCUCUCCGCCUCCCUCUCGUCCCUCCGAAUCCACCCCUCCCUCCCCUCUCCCCGCUCGUUCCUCUCCCGCAUCCUCCUCUCAUCCCAUCCGCUCCUCUCGCAAGCUAUAACCGACCCUUCCCUCCUCGACACGCGAAGAACGGAAGUGGAGAAAGAGCUGGAGAGGGUCGAGGUGGGUGAGAAGGAGAAGGAGGUUUUGAGGAGGGUUGUGGUUCGGGCGGAGAAGGGCGCGAGGGAGGAGGAGGAGGAGGAGGGCGUCGGGAGGAACGUGAGGAGUUUGUAA